GCAUGAGAGCAAGACAAAGCAAUGAAAUUCAUCGGAGCCGUUUACCUCCUGUUCCUCCUCCCUGCUUUAAGCUUCAACAGCAGCUAUGAGGGGCUGGAAAAGAAGCUGAAGGAGGUUUUCACAGAGAGGACAGGAAUUUUACGACAUCUCUCCAAAACAUCAAAGGAACUGGACAGCAUAAAAGGAAACCUGCAGUCACUGAAGAAUGAGGAUGCUGUGCCCAAGAAGGAUGUGCAGAGGAUCCUGGAGCUCAGUCACAAGCAAAGGGAUGAGAUGAAGUCACUCCAGGCAGCUCUGCAGAAACAACUGGAUGAUGCAGCUGAGCGUGCAGAGAAACAGCAGGCCACUAUAAAGUUCUUAAAGAUGGAGAUGGAAAAGAAAACGAAAAUCAUCAAAGACCUUCAGCAAGAGAAUAAAAGCCUUAAGAACAAACUUCUGUCCGGGAACAAGCUCUGUGACAUUCAUGCAGAAGAGUCCAAAAAAAUCCAAGCCCAACUGAAAGAGCUGAGGUAUGGCAAAAAGGAUUUAAUUUUUAAGGGUCAACAGCUGAUGGACUUGGAGAACAAACUCAAAGUAGCCAAAGAUGAACUGGAGAAGGCAGCGCUGGAUAAGGAGUCACAGCUAAAAGCCCUGAAGGACACAGUGCAUAUCUGCUUCUCGUCUGUUCUACACAGCCAGACAGCAAGUUUACACAGAUUUCCAGCCACACCAACCAACCUGUUGAGGUAUUCAGCCUUGGUCAACAACUCCAGAGUCACCUUUCAGCAGCCACACAUGAAGGUGGGAUCAGAUUGUUCCCACAAUCAGACUGAAAGCUCAUCUGUGAUGAAAAAGACAUUUGGACACAGUCAGUCGAAGACCCCAGAGCAGAACGGACAAGGCCAGGCAAGGACAGCAGAGGAAAGUGUGAAAACAGAUGGGGAGCUAAAAAAGACACAAUCGGACAAACACAACUGAAGGGACAGUGGAAGACUUGGCAGAUUUUCUGCAUGGUAAAAAAAAUGAUGUCAGAUCUGUUUAAGCCCCUCUUCGUUCACUGAGCUUAUAAGCACACACACACAGAUACAUAUGCACACAAACACGCGCACACACACACACUGUAGCCAAACACAAUCUACAUACACUAAAUACUCAUUCUAACACUGCUAAUGUAGAAAAGAAAUUCCCAAAAUUAAAUUUUGAACUUUCUUAAUAAAAAAUAAAAAAUCCCACUGCAUAGUAUGGCAUGCAUUAUAGAGUUUUAGAUAUUGAUUUUACAAGGUUACGAUGGUACUGGUUGUUUUUAAUAACUGUUACUUUUUUCACUAUCUAUUUUGUUUUGAUUUUUUUUUCUCUCCCAGAGUGAGGACACACAACGUUCUUUGAUUUGUGUUGUUUGUAAUUAAAAACUUUUUCUGGCACCGCAGACCAGAAUUCAGUGUUAAAGGUCACACUGGGGGUCAUUUGAGUUCUGUAAAUUUACACUUGAGGUCAGAUUUUAACUUUUGUCAAAGCAGCUUCUGAAAAUAUACUGAGCCAUGUACUGAAUGCAAAAUUGGGCUGCACGAUUUUGGGGGGAAAACUGAACUGUGAUUUUUUUUUCUAGCACAGACUGAUAUUUAACAUGUAUAUAUGUUGUAUAUAUUUAAUUUUAUUAUCUUCUGUUGAGCCGCACACCUCAUAUUGUGGCCUUGAAUUAACAUCUGUUCUGUGACACUAAUAUGUCAGUGCUUUUAAUAAUUCAUUCCCUUGUUUUAACUAAACAGUGGGCACAAUGUAAUACUUUGUUGCCCCGUAUUCCUAAAUUGUGGCCAUGUUGUAAUGAUUAGUUGCCUUGUUGUAGUUAAAACAAUAUAACUGAACAUAUUAUUAAAUUGUGUGAAUGAAUAAAAUGAGGGAAUACUUUAUUACAUAUUUAUAAUCUAUUCACUUAUUUUUGCACUGGUCAUGUGCAAACAUUAAGCUUUUAUUAUGGUGGGAAAAGUUCAAGAGAACUUAAUCUUCUCUUGUUGAGUGCAGCUGGUUUAAAGCACUUCUCUUUUCAAACUUGGAGCAUGCUGUGUUGUCAAAUGCAAGCCAAAUUUUAAGCACAUGUUGACAUGCGUAAUCCUGUUAUAAAGAAUUUACUAGGAAGGAAGCCUCUUUGAGGCACUUAAAACACUGGAUCAAGAUAUAACUAAACACAGAACCAUGUUUCAUUGAAUACUUUUAUUCAACCUAAUCACAAAGUUUGUGAUUUGAUAUUCAAACGAAGCCAUGUCACAGUUUGUGUUUUAUUCCGAUUAAUCGUGCAGCCCUAAUGGAAACUGCAUCAAUCCCACUUCUGCUGAAAUGACAAAAAGAACUGUUUAAUGCUGUUCAAGGUACGGUUUGUCUCGUGUUGUAGCAAAGAUUAAUUUACUCCUCCUACUCCAUAUUACGAGGCUCAAGUUGGCUGGCCAACUAUCACUGUUGAAUAUUUCGGAGCUUUUGGUGCCAGAAUUAAAGAGAAAAACUGGACUCACAGUGAGUCGUCUCCCUAAGAAUGAUGUGCCAUGCACCGAGUACUUAAUCUACUGCUACAUCUCUCUGUUUCUCUACCUUCUUGUGUCCUUUACAAUAAACCGUGAUUUUCGCUAAAUGUGUGAAGAAUAAAUGGUUAUUUGUGGAGUAAAACAACUGA